UAUUGUGGGAGGAGGUGGAAAGCUGCAGUGAAAGAGUCCGGUUUAACCGUCGCCCGGAAACGCGUAUUAACACGAUCGCGGAGUUGGCUGAGGAGUGGGCUGAGAUAGUGAAUUCCUCAGAAGAAGAAAAUGGAUUGCAUAUUAGUUGUUCUCUAAGUGUUUGGACUUAACAGUGUGCAGGUUUGUUGCAAAGGCCUAAAGAAGAUGGCAACUCCUUAUGUCCCAGUUCCUAUGCCCAUAGGAAACUCUGCUUCCAAUUUUUCAACCAACAGAAAUCAAAGAAGUUCUUCAUUUGGCAGUAUCUCAACAAGUUCAAACUCUUCCAAAGGCCAGUUAGAAGACUCAAAUAUGGGUAAUUUUAAACAGACAAGUGCCCCUGAUCAAGUGGAUAGUACUUCAUCUGCCUGUAGCAGUCCCCUCAUUAGGACUAAAUUUACAGGUGCAGAUUCUUCCAUUGAGUAUUCUGCUAGACUAAGAGAAACUGAAGAACAAAAUCCUGAAACAGUAAAUUGGGAAGAUAGACCUUCUACACCUACUAUACUGGGUUAUGAGGUGAUGGAAGAAAGAGCUAAAUUUACUGUGUAUAAAAUACUAGUAAAGAAAACCCCAGAAGAAAGCUGGGUAGUUUUCAGAAGAUACACUGACUUCUCUAGGCUUAAUGACAAAUUGAAAGAGAUGUUUUCAGGCUUUCGAUUAGCACUUCCACCAAAACGCUGGUUUAAAGAUAAUUACGAUGCUGACUUUUUAGAAGAUAGACAAUUAGGAUUACAAGCAUUUCUUCAAAAUUUAAUAGCUCACAAGGACAUUGCUAACUGCCUUGCAGUGAGAGAAUUUCUUUGUCUGGAUGAUCCACCUGGUCCAUUUGAUAGCCUAGAAGAAAGCAGGGCUUUCUGUGAGACUUUAGAAGAGACUAACUACCAUUUACAGAAAGAACUACUUGAAAAACAAAAAGAGGUGGAGUCACUGAAGAAACUGCUUAAUGAGAAGCAAAUUCAUAUAGACAUUUUAGAGAACAGAAUCAGAACAUUGUCUUUAGAACAUGAAGAGUCACUGUAUGUGUCAGGAACAGAAGGUGGACAGAUCCUAAAGGUGGAGUCCUCUGCACUUGAGACUGAUCAAGAUGUCUUGGAUGAAGAAUCUCGAGCUGAUAAUAAGCCAUGCUUAAAUUUUAGUGAACCUGAAAAUGCUGUAUCAGAGAUAGAAGUAGCAGAAGUAGCAUAUAAUGCUGAAGAAUACUAAUUCUUUAUAAAGGAUAAGAGAAAAGGACUGGGAAUCAUUUACAGAAAAGAGCAAGAGUGCACAUAUAUAAAGUUUACAUAAAGCUUUUUUAAGUUAUUGGAAUAGGAAAUAUGUUCACUGCUGCUGCUUAUCUUUUAUCCAAACUUGUAUUUAUUACACUAAAAAAAUCUAGUUAGAAUUCUGUUAUCAAGGCCUGUAUUCUUAAAUACUGUGCAUAAAUUAUUGAUGUUUUGCCUAUAUAUUGCUCCACACGUGUGUGUGUGUGUGUGUGUGUGUGUGUGUGUGUGUGUGUGUGUGUGUGUGUUUUAAAUCACCAGUUAUAUUAAACAGAAAUUAUUUGCAUGUUACUAUCUGGGUGAUAUGUAUACUUCUUUGUAUCUCUGUCAUGACAUAUUUUCAUUGAUGGUUUAAAUCAAUGAACAUCAUAGUAAAGAUAAAGAUGAGUUAAGUUUUAAAUGUUGACAUGUUUACCAUCUCUAAAUAAAAAAUGCUUAUUUGAAAUGUUAAUGGUGUUUAAAAGAAGACUUCCUAGAACCAAAGGAAAACUAUUUGAAAAAGCCGUAGUCUUAUAGCUAAAGUGAGAAAAUAGCCUUGAUUCUAAAAGCUGAUUCGUUAAUAUCAAGAUAGUAUUAGUGUUCCAGUUUAUAAAAUAUGUUAUACUUGUUUAUUUUUCACAUGAUCUUUAUCUUAAAUCUCUACCUGGGAAUUCA